AUGCCUGUCACUCGGCGCCAGUCAGGAAGACUACCUCCACCCAUUCGGAGAACACUUCAAGUCGUAUCUGUCAUUGAUGCGGAUACCACCGACGGAACUGAAUCUAGUGUUACUGAUCUGGAACACGAAGAUGAAGACGAAAGCGCCAGUGAUUGGGAUGGUGGCCGAGUCCAAAGGAAACAACCUGAGAAGAAGCGUGCUAAGGUCACUUCGCCGAAUUUGAAAAAGAGUCCUAAGCAGAAGUAUGUCGCUGCGUUGACCAUACUGCCCACGAUGUCUUUGGACAUUCUCUUUGAGAUAUUCUGUCUGCUGAAUCCAGCCACUCUUCUCAAUCUUGCACGGACAAGCAAAGCCUUCAGAGAUACGUUGAUGACUCGCAAAGCAAUCACCGUUUGGAAGCACGCUUGGGUGUACAACUCAGACGGUGCUCCCGCAUGUCCACCUGAUAUGUCCGAGCCGCGUUGGGCAAACUUACUGUUCGGCGGAACAAAAUGCCAGGAAUGCGGUGCGAGCAGUAUCCAAAAGAUUGACUUCGCACUACGUCGCCGUGUUUGCAGCAGUUGCUUAAAGAAGAAUUUAGUGUAUAGUGUUAGCUUUCCAAAGCGAUUUCCAGAUUUCGAUACUGCUAUACUUGAGUUGAUUCCGCACACAAAUGUUGGAGGCUGGUCCCAUGGUCAUGCUUCGGCCAGCAAAUUCUACUGGGAAGCUGAUAUUUAUCCGAUGGCCCAAGAAUUUGGCCAGUACCAAAGGAAUGUACACAUACAUAAGCCCGGUGCCAAGGAUGCCUUGAAGAAGUUCAGAGAGUCUCGGAUGAAAUUCGUAGAAGACGUCUUAGAGCACGCGGAAGUCUGUAAUGAAUGGAUAAACAACAUAUACGAGAGUUGUAGACAGGAUGCGGAGGCGCGGAAGUGUGUGCGAUAUGAUGCGAUCGUUCGGCGCUUCAAAGAUUUGGGAUAUGAAGCCACUGACAUCUCUGACAUCAAAUACUUGCCUCAGGUUAAUGUCGAUAGGGAGCUCACUUCCCGUACCUGGGCACGUAUUCAGCCGCAGCUUGAGCCACAUGUACAAAGGACGAAACAACGGCGCGUUGCUCGAGAACGAGCUGCCCUUUUACAUGAACGGAGGAAGAUGGUCAAACAGGUAUAUGGCAGCUACAAGAAGACACUUGUUCCGAUGCAGUGGAUCUAUCUUCCGACCCUAGAAGAGAUCUACUUGAUGCCGGACUUCGCGGAUCUCAUCAAUUCCGCUACUGCUGAACCUCUUCGUGUCGAAACCUGUACCGGUGCUCUGCGGGCGUUGCCUGGCUAUCUCACUACACGCGCCGACCGCCUCAGACAGGAAAUGCUUGCAAUGCUGCCCGCUGAAAAUGGCAAGGAAGAGGGUGAAGUGCUGGAGUUUUCUUCAUCUGAGACCGAUCCCGUGUUCCUUGCGAAGUCCGUCUUCAUAUGCACUUCAGCUUCCUGCAAGUCCAAUCGUGUUCUGAUCUCGUGGUCCGGAGUGAUGUCGCAUGACUGCUUGAUCGCCAGCCGGACUUCUUACAGCUACAUGUCAACCUACCACGUAGACCCAGCAUUCAAGGGGUUGGAGUUCGGGUUCAGCGAACGUGGAGCUGCUGCCGUUUCUGCUUUGGUAUCGUUACUGGAGCCCAAGCGACAACUAGACGAGAUAUCAAGCAAAGAUCUCGAUGACCUGGAUCCCCGUUUUGUCUGCAUGAAUUGUCCGAUUGCUAAAGCCAGGGGUGUGCACGGGCGAUUGGCCAUGUCAUGGCGACAAUGUGUGUUGCAUCACGUGGAACGCAAGGACGAGACGCACGUGUUGUCUCAAUGGAUGAUCCUACCAAAGGACGAUGAGCAGCGCCUCAAAAGGCAGGAAGGAGGCGAUCCAUCGUACAAUUCUCUGCAUUGGAGUUGUAACCAUUGUCCAACCCAUCUCGACAAUCUGCAGAGGCGCAAUGCUGCCAUUGAGCACGUGAAGAAGAUGCAUGCGGAGGCUCAACCACGGGAAAAUAAGGACUUCUUCCACGUGAAACCUUCACAGCGUACGGGACCGCUGCCCCAAGGUCUAGCGAUGGGCCCGGGCGCGUCGAAGGAUUUCCGAUGCUUGAUAUGUAGCAAGAAUUCUCGAACAUUUAUCGAGUCCGGUGUGAAGGCUCACCUGAAAGACAAGCAUCAAAUCAUAACACCCGUGCAGAAUGAGCACUACAGCAAGUCUUAG